GAGAAAACUUUCGGCUGCAGUCAUCAUCAGCGGAGAUUGUUUUUACUGCCCGAGGUACAGGGAACGGUUUGAAGACGAUACUGCAAGAAAAUGAAUGUCUCGUUUCAGUCUUCCUCGGCCGAUGUAUCUCCAUCUAUCACCCCCUGUGGCACACCCCUCAGUGGCACACAUGCCCCCAAGUAUGGCACAGUCAUUCCAAACCGCAUCUUUGUAGGCGGUAUUGCAGCAAAUCAGACUACAGAGGCCGAAUUGAAGCAAUUUUUCCAGGCCUAUGGAGCUGUGAAGGACUCCAAGAUUAUCGCUGAUCGAGCUGGAGUGUCCAAAGGGUAUGGGUUUAUAACAUUUGAAAAUCAGGAAGAUGCAGAACGAAUUAUCAAGAAAGAGGCCGACAAUUUGGUGUUCAAAGACAGAAAAUUAAACAUCGGCCCAGCAAUCAGGAAACAGCAGGUUCUACAAAGGUCCUUUGAUGGAAUUGCAGAUCAUGAACAUGAAAUCUUGAAUCAGAGUAUUCCUACUGGGACGGUGAUGUUCUCUAAUGGAGUGCCAUAUACAUAUCAGAAUGGAAUGGCCAUCUUCCAUUCCCCUGAAGGAGGCUACCAAAUACCACAGCCCCAGGUCAGCCCACAGCAGCCGGCCUACUCCACUGUGAUGGUUCCACAGACUCCGACCAUGUAUGUGUCUCCUCAGUACUCCGCCUACCAGCCGACGACCCCUCAAUGGACUACUGCUGCUAAUCCUUGGAGAUGGGCCCCACAGCAGAGUCCCGGUCAGACAAUAGGGGGAAAUCCAAGUUACAUCUAUGCAGCAAUGCACGCCUCGCCAGAACUGAUGUACGCCCAGCCACCACCCCACCAGGCUUAUCAAACGGGAGAAAUGACCGACACCAUGCUGGAGGGUCCCCCCCUGGAGGGCAGUGGGAUGAUGCAGGAUCCUUCUCUGGUCAACAACCCUUAUGUCACUGACUACAGCGAACAGCCACUGCAGCCUACCCUUGCCAUGACGACUAUACCAGUACACCCCCAGGCCCCCACUGUUGCUCCCCCUCCUUGCAAAUCCACGACAACAGCAGCAGCUUCCGUGGCACCUUACACCAAGAAGUCGCUGUCGACCAUCCCCCGACGCCCCUACAGCAGCCCAACCUACCUGGUCAAACACGGCAACAAGGUUCAGCGACUCAUGAUCCCCAGCAAGGCUAUGGCAGCUCAUAUGGCGCUUCUCCGAUCCCCCGAGUCUGCAGGCCUUGAGCUUGCUGAGGGGCUUCUCCGACAUCCAUUGCUUACUCCUCCUCCCGAUAAAUAAUCAAUAUCUGACAAAUAGUCCACUCUUAAAAGCUCCAGCAGACAUUUAGAAAAUAUUUUGUCAAUUUAAAUUUGUCUUUUACUCAUUGCAUCCCCUCAAUGGUAAAGCAUCAACUGAAGUUUAAACUUUCACAACAGACCAGUACAGGUAGAUUCAUUCAGACAGGUAACUCCCCCCAUUCCUAUCAGUUUUAGACACACUCCCCACCAACCACCCUAUCAAACUAUUUUAAGCUAUAACGUUAUAUUUUGAUGUGUCACUCCUUGUUUCUUGUUUGUCGCCCAUUAAACUGCGCAGAGUGUGUGUAUGUUAUGUUUGGACAUCAAGUCAGCAUGUGUUGAGGCUCAUGGUUAGGCCAGUGGGUUUUUGUUGGUCAGCACAACAAACUGACCGGUCCACUGGUCAGAAACCUUGAGUUCCUCCUCGAUGACCUUGAGUUAUUAACUAUGCAUGUUUUGUUUGUGUUUGUUGCACCACGUUCAUACUGCCUCCUCACCAUCCUGCAUGAGAAAUGUUAGUACUAGCCAACACCAUUGGACUUGGGUGGUUUGUGACACCAUUGGACUUGGGUGGUUUGUGACACCAUUGGACUUGGGUUGUUUGUGACACCAUUGGACUUGGGUGGUUUGUAACACCAUUGGACUUGGGUGGUUUGUGACACCACUGGACUUGGGUGGUUUGUGACACCAUUGGACUUGGGUUGUUUGUGACACCAUUGGACUUGGGUGGUUUGUAACACCAUUGGACAAAUAAUUUGCAUAGAUUAGAAUGAUAAUCCUCUGUCAAGGUGAAUUGCUGCCCAAUGUAUACAAAAUUACCAAUGUUCCUUACCAUUCAUAUAGUAUACCAGUUUCGUGUUCACUAUUACCACCCAUGGCCAAUGUAUACCAAUGAUGUGUACACUAUUACAAAGUGUUACUGUAUAACAAUGUUCUGUACACUUACCACCCACUGUAUACCAAUGAUGUGUACAUUAUAUAGUUAGGAGUACUACAUUGAUGUACAAACUACCAUGUUGGUGGGUACACUACAAUACAAGAGUUGUACACUACGGACAGGUACUCUACAUUUUGAAUAAUUGUAAUCUAGUGCUACAGACGUUAUGGUACAGUAACUUACAUUGUACCCUUCCGUCUGUAUGGUACAGUACCUGAGGUUGUACCUUACUGACAUUGUGCAGUGCCGGGUUGUACCAUACAUUUGUUGUGGUACAUCAUUGUACCCUUCUGUCUGUAUGGUACAGUACCUUGGGUUGUACCUUACUGACAUUGUGCAGUGCCGGGUUGUACCAUACAUAUGUUGUGGUACAUCAUUGUACAGUGCCGGGUUGUACCAUUCAUUUGUUGUGGUACAUCAUUGUACCCUUCCGCCUGUAUGGUACAGUACCUGGGGUUGUACCUUACUGACAUUGUACAGUGCCGGGUUGUACCAUACAUAUGUUGUGGUACAUCAUUGUACAGUGCUGGGUUGUACCAUACAUUUGUUGUGGUACAUCAUUGUACCCUUCUGUCUGUAUGGUACAGUACCUGGGGUUGUACCUUACUGACAUUGUGCAGUGCCAGGUUGUACCAUACAUUUGUUGUGGUACAUCAUUGUACAGUGCCGGGUUGUACCAUACAUUUGUUGUGGUACAUCAUUCUACAGUGCCGGGUUGUACCAUACAUUUGUUGUGGUACAUCAUUGUACCCUUCCGUCUGUAUGGUACAGUACCUGAGGUUGUACCUUACUGACAUUGUGCAGUGCCGGGUUGUACCAUACAUAUGUUGUGGUACAUCAUUGUACGGUGUAUCCUUUUGUCUGUAUAGUACAGUACCUGGGGUUGUACCUUACUGACAUUGUACAGUGCCACGUUGUACCAUACAUAUGUUGUGGUACAUCAUUGUACCCUUCCGUCUGUAUGGUACAGUCCCUGGGGUUGUGCCUUACUGACAUUGUACAGUGCCACGUUGUUCUAUACAUUUGUUAUGGUACAUCAUUGUACCCUUCCGUCUGUAUGGUACAGUACCUGGGGUUGUUCCUUACUGACAUUGUACAGUGCCACGUUGUACCAUACAUAUGUUGUGGUUCAUCAUUGUACCCUUCCGUCUGUAUGGUACAGUACCUGAGGUUGUACCUUACUGACAUUGUGCAGUGCCGGGUUGUACCAUACAUAUGGUGUGGUACAUCAUUGUACGGUGUAUCCUUUUGUCUGUAUAGUACAGUACCUGGGGUUGUACCUUACUGACAUGGUGCAGUGCCAGGUUGUACCAUACAUUUGUUGUGGUACAUCAUUGUUCGGUGUACCCUUCUGUCUGUAUGGUACAGUACCUGGGGUUGUACCUUACUGACAUUGUACAGUGCCACGUUGUACCAUACAUUUGUUAUGGUACAUCAUUGUACCCUUCCGUCUGUAUGGUACAGUACCUGGGGUUGUACCUUACUGACAUUGUACAGUGCCGGGUUGUACCAUACAUUUGUUGUGUUACAGUAACUUGUGUUCUACCCUACACUCAGUAUAGUACGGUGACUUGGGUUGCACCCUACCAUGUUGAUAAAGAUGCUACAUGCGGAUGUAUGCUACACUUGAUUGAUCUGUGUGGCCAUGUUGGCAUAUUUAUACAAUAAUUCUUUCCAUUAAGUCUGUCAUUUUGAUGUUUUGAGCAUAUACAUGUACAGCAAGUUCUUAAAAAUGAAUCUAUUAUUGCUAAUUUAAUUGUGGGCAAAUUGAGAUGUGGAGAGAUAUUGAUGAAUACAUAUAUAUGAGAAGUUAUGUUUUUGUUGUGUAAAUAUAUAUUGUACUUUGUUUUUGUAUUUAGUUUAUGAUGAUACUACCUGUAGAGAAAUCAAGGUUGUGGACUAUUUUCUAUUUGUGAGAGAUUUAAGUUGUAUGUUUGCUGAUUUCAGAAAAUUAACAUAUCCUUUGAAGAUUUUUUCAAAAAUAUUUCAUUUUCUGUGUCUCUAUUUAUAUUGUUUUGUUUUUGCUUUGAUAAAAAAAUCAUCUUUAGCAUAUAUAGAUUUAUUUAUUAUUUGUUUCUGUGAUUCAUCCAACCUUUUAUUCCCAGCUGACAGUUCAAGGUCACUUGCUGGUAACUAUAGUAAUGGUAGUGUUUGUUUAUGUAUGUAAAUAGACAGAAAAUGCCAAUGCAUUGCUGAAAAAUGUAAAAUUUCCUACAAAUCAACAUAUGGGUACUGCAUUUACCAGUAUAUUGUGUUUUCUGUUGAAUUUUGCAAGAUUCGGAAAUUCAAUAACUGUCCUUUUUUAUGACUGAUUCAAAGGAAUAUUGAUGAGACAGUAGACCUGAAAUCAGAAUCAUGGAUGAUGAUGUUCCUUCGUGCUUAGCCAGCAAGUGAUCUUGAUGAUGUCAUCCACUUUCAGUUACAAACAUUACUUCCAUAAUUCCUUUCAUUUUUAUGCAUCAUUAACUUUUUUCAUAUUUUGUAAUCGUUGAAAAAUUAUUUUGUAUGAAAAUUCAUAUGUAUUACAUUGAAAUGUGAACAUGUUUAGUAUAGGUUGUAGUGAGGUACCUACAAUAAAUGUCUCUGUGUUAAGUGUAGUUUUUAGUGAGGUACCUACAAGCAAUGUGUCUGUUUAGUGUAGUUUGUAGUGAGGUACCUGCAAGCAAUGUGUCUAUGUUUAGUGUAGUUUGCAGUGAGGUACCUACAAGCAAUGUGUCUAUGUUAAGUGUAGUUUGUAGUGAGGUACCUACAAGCAAUGUGUCUAUGUUUAGUGUAGUUUAUAGUGAGGUACCUACAAGCAAUGUGUCUAUGUUUAGUGUAGUUUGUAGUGAGAUACCUACAAGCAAUGUCUAUGUUUAGUGUAGUUUGUAGUGAGGUACCUACAAGCAAUAUCUCUAUGUUUAGUGUAGUUUGUAGUGAGGUGCCUACAAGCAAUGUGUCUAUGUUUAGUGUAGUUUGCAGUGAGGUACCUACAAGCAAUGUGUCUAUGUUAAGUGUAGUUUGUAGUGAGGCACCUACAAGCAAUGUGUCUGUUUAGUGUAGUUUAUAGUGAGGUCCCUACAAGCAAUGUGUCUGUUUAGUGUAGUUUAUAGUGAGGUACCUACAAGCAAUGUGUCUAUGUUAAGUGUAGUUUUUAGUGAGGUACCUGCAAGCAAUGUGUCUAUGUUUAGUGUAGUUUGUAGUGAGGUACCUACAAGCAAUGUGUCUAUGUUUAGUGUUUUUUUAGUAUAUACAAUUAAUGUUGUAAUUUGUAAUCGGCUAACAUUAAGCAAUUUGUCAAUACGUAAGGUAUAGUUUGUAGCGAGGUACCUACAAUCAAUUUGUCUAUGUUUAGUAUAGUUUGUAGUGAGGUACCUACAAGCAAUAUCUCUAUGUUUAGUAUAGUUUGUAGCGAGGUACCUACAAGCAAUAUCUCUAUGUUUAGUGUAGUUUGUAGUGAGGUACCUACAAGCAAUGCAUGUUUUCAUGUUUCGUGAAGUUUGUCCCAACAGUAGAUUAUAAAAUCCUUAUACACACCUCAGACCUCAACAACCAGAAUAUCUGGAGUAUUUAAAAAAAAGAACAUUAUAUCAUGAAAAGAACAAUUAACAUUUUAAAAUCAAUCAAAUCCAUUUUUUUUACCCUAACCUAGUGAUGAUGUAUACAGAAAUUGAGUUUUUGUUAUCAAUGAAAAUGUUGAAGUGAAGUUGUUUUAAGUAAACAAUGAUCAUUGAAUAUAUCAGCUUGCAUCAGAAAUUCUGGCAAUUUUUUGUUAUAUUGACACAAAUCUAAUUUGUCAUUGCAAAACAAUAUAUCUUUGGUAUAAUGCCAUUUAGUUGAGUUUUGUAAUGGGUUUCAACGAUCAUAGAGAAAGUUUUGAUUAUAAACAAUAAAAAAAAAGUCAUACAUGUAAUUACAAACAAAAAAAAGCCAAAUAAUUAAACCUGGAAAAGUCUUCAACCCAUCAAACCCCGAGUAGGGACAGCUGUACCAGUUGUAUACUGCAGAUAUAUAAUGGUCUGAUAGAUGUGGUACAAUACUAUAUAUAGCCUCUGUAUUGCAAUAUACCAGUUUUCCAAUAUAUUGUGACAGUCCAAUAUUUACCAUGAGAUUUUAGUAGAAAGUGUAAAUGUAACUUACGAUGUGAUUAUUUGUGUCUGUGUAAAUUAGAAUGUGAUGAUUGUUGUCGGUGUGAAUUAGUAUACAUGUAUGAUUGUGAUCUUGUGGCUUAGGUUGUGGUUGUUUGUGUCCUUUUGUAUAGAGCGGCAAUCGUUUGUAGUGUUGUGACUUAAAAUGUGAUCUUUGAUGCAGUUAUUUUGUAUUAUUUUGCUUUAUAUUAUUAUUUUUGUCCCUUUGUUAAAUGGAUGUGAUCAUUUGUCUCACUGUGCCUUAGAAAUCCUUACAUGUCUCACGAAUGUUAUCAUGUUUGUCCCUGUGCCUUAGUACGAGAUCUCGUGGAUGUUAUCAUUUUUGUCCUAGUGCCUUACGACGUGAAGUGUCGCUGUGGACUUGUCAAGUUCUACAUAUCAUAUUAUGUAUAAUGCAUCAGUGUGAAGCUCUUGUUGAGAACUAGGAACAACGGCACUGUUCCUUUAUAUAAGUCUACCACAUGAUCUGCAGGUGUACAGCCAAAUUUUUUUGUUACACAUUUUCAACCAUUGAGGAUGGAAUUUGCAUGAAAUUCUUUCAAAAGAUUUUGAACUUGCAGCUUUUUAUAUACCAAUUUUUCUUAAAUAUCUUAAACAGAAAAACAACUUUUAUUGACAUGAAAUUUUUAAUGUUUUGUUCAAAUAAAGGAAGCUAAUUGUUGAGUAAAUCAAAAGCAAGCCUCUAAAGGGUCAUAGAUAGUGGUUUUCCUCAGGUAGAGAUUAUGAAGAUUUGUAUGUGAAUGUAAGGACAUUUUAUUGUUUCUAUGAUGAUAAGUGAUUUUACUGUGGUUGGCUUGAUUGAAGGCUGUACUAAGGACAGCCGUGUGUCUGAUAAGCUCUUGUAUGAUGUGCCAACUGUGAAUAAAUAAUAUCGAGCAAUCAG